CUAAGCUGCCCCAGAUUCCACACCAGCUUGACUGAGGGGCGGGUGAAGGCCCCGAUCCAAAAUCCGGGAGGAACGCAACACCUCCCAACCCGCAGCCAACUUUCAGCGAAGAUGGCGGGGCCCGAGCUGCUGCUUGACUCUAACAUCCGCCUCUGGGUGGUCCUGCCCAUCGUUAUAAUCACCUUCUUCGUGGGCAUGAUCCGCCACUACGUGUCAAUCCUACUGCAGAGCGAUAAGAAGCUCACCCAGGAACAAGUGUCGGACAGUCAGGUCCUAAUUCGAAGCAGAGUCCUCAGAGAAAAUGGAAAAUACAUUCCCAAGCAGUCUUUCUUAACACGGAAAUAUUACUUCAACAACCCAGAGGAUGGAUUUUUCAAAAAAACCAAAAGGAAGGUUGUGCCACCUUCACCUAUGACAGACCCCACCAUGCUCACAGACAUGAUGAAAGGGAACGUCACCAAUGUCCUCCCAAUGAUCCUUAUCGGCGGAUGGAUCAACAUGACAUUCUCAGGCUUUGUCACAACUAAGGUCCCGUUUCCACUGACGCUUCGCUUCAAGCCUAUGCUUCAGCAGGGAAUAGAGCUGCUCACACUAGACGCGUCCUGGGUGAGUUCUGCAUCCUGGUAUUUCCUCAAUGUGUUUGGACUCCGGAGCAUUUAUUCUCUAAUCCUGGGCCAAGACAAUGCUGCUGACCAGUCACGAAUGAUGCAGGAGCAGAUGACAGGAGCAGCAAUGGCCAUGCCUGCGGACACCAACAAAGCUUUCAAGACAGAGUGGGAAGCUUUGGAACUGACAGAUCACCAGUGGGCGCUCGAUGAUGUGGAAGAAGAACUCAUGGCCAGAGACCUCCACUUUGAAGGCAUGUUCAAAAAGGAGCUGCAGACGUCCAUAUUCUAACCGCACGGGGGUCAGCUGUGUCCGGAACUUGCAGUAGCACUUACCCUUGUAACUUCCGUGGAGCUGGAGCCUCUGAGAAUGAAAAGGAGGGGCUGGCAGGUGCAGCGAGGCUCGUUCUUGUCUGAGCUGGGGCCCCCUUUAUGUUGGACACUUAGGAAAAGGAGUUGCGGGUGACUGCGGUCUUAGAGUUUGUGAUUGUUCCUUCAGGUGGACGUCAGAGAAAGGGGAGACCCCAUGCUACUGAGAAUAUCUCAACCCUUAGCAGAACCUCCGUGCUCAGAAAGAGCAUGUCAGUUAUAGCAGUCACGAUGUCGGUCAGCCUGACUUCCAGCCACAGUAAACUCCUGUUUUCUUAGGAUCCAAACACACCCUGCAUUUUACCUUUAAUUUCUUGUUUGUAUUUUUUAACUUUCUUUACAUGCGUAAUAUACAUUUUCUCUACCACAAUUUAGAAACUAUGGCUGAGCAGCAUAGAGCUCCCUGCAGUGUUCACUUGAGCCUACAGAAUGACGCAGAGAGCCAGUGUGGCCCAACAUUGCUGAAAUAAACUCUUUAUAGAGUGGAUCCCCAGGGCCGGGGCAGACUCAGCAAACUUUUCAUAUCUCUUCAUAUUUAGUCCAGUGAAAACAGGUGGCCCUGAGGCACAGCCAGACUCUCAAGUGCCUUUGGGCUCAUCAGAGACAGGUUACAUAAUACAAGUUCUUGAUUGGAACUUGAGAAAAUAUCAACUCUAUUGGCCAGUCAAUGGUGCUGUACUGUAAAUGGCUACUCAUUUGAACGAAUGACCUCAUCCCAGUUCCUCUGGGCAGGAAAGAACUUACCACUGUUGGCAAGAAGGCAGUUUCUGUUGGAUAUAUAGAUCAAGGUGCCCAGGAGUCCUCUGACCAGGGAAGUGACAGGGUGCCAUUUCUGUACCAAGAGGUGGGUGUGACUGCAUGUUAAGCACUGUAGCCAAGAACAAGCGACUCUUGACUCUUAAUUAAACAGCCCUGUUUUCUCUU